UCCGUGACACAAACAAUGGUUCGGAGACCACUGCUUUCCGGGGUCUUUCAAAACCAUCUCCAAAUCAGAACAGAAAAUGUUUGACUUGGCGAGAUUUGAGAUCUUUUCUUCCCCGCCUUCAUAUAAUGGAGGCGUUCAUGCGCCAGAAGUGAAACGAAACCGAAAUGGAAAUUGACAAUUGGACCGCUCGUGCGUGACAAUGGCGAAAAAGAGUUCGGGACUUCGCCAAGCUUUUGCUGCGUUUUGGGCGCUGGUCGCGGACGCCUGCCUGGUUGCGGCUACUGCGCGGACGCCGGGGUCGGGGAGCUCCUUUUGCCUGUCGGUGUGGCUGUUCGCGCUUCUCCGGUGUUGCGUGGCGCUGUCCGUCAUCUUCCUGGUCAACCUCGGCGAGCUCCCCGCGGCGCCGGCUCGUUUCCUCGCCUUGCACAGCGCGCUCCCCGCCGUCCUGGAGAGCCUCGCCGCCGCCUUGGGGCUCGGCCACCCCCCAUGCGGCGCGUCGAUGGCGGCGGGGGUCUCGCGCUGCUGGAUCAUGUGCGCCGGAGCCUCGCUGGCCGCUGCCUCGCUGUGGGAAGUCGGCGUGCCAGACUCUCCGAGUGGCCGGAGAAAAAAGCGACAAAAGCCGCGAGUUUUGUUCAUGAGGGUGCUUCGGGUGUACAGGCCGGACUUGGCUCUGCUGAUCGGAGGGUUUUGCUUUCUCACCCUGGCUGCCGUCUGUGAGAUCCAGAUCCGCUAUUACACGGGCAAGGUCAUUGACAACCUGCGUGAGGAUUUCGAGCCGGAUGACUACUUGUCAGCACUGCUUCUCAUGUUCGUGUUCUCAGUGGGAAGCGCGGUGGGCACCGGCAGCCGAGGGGGUCUCCUCAUGUGGGCCAUUAACUCCUUCAAGUGCAGAAUGAAGGCAAAGCUCUUUCGUGCUCAGACCAACCAGGAGACGGCGUUUUUUGACACCGUAAAGACAGGUGAACUCACCUCCUUGCUUUCCAAAGACAUCCCCAUGAUGGCUGAAACGGUUUGUCUGAACAUCAACGUUUUGCUGAGGACGCUUAUCCAGACGGUGUACACGCUGGUCCUCAUGGUGAACCUCUCAUGGAUGCUAACAUGUUUAGUGCUCUUGGAGGUCCCCGUCAUGGGCCUCAUCCAGACCAUCUCCAACAAAAAGCAGCAGCGGUUGACGCAGGCCACGAAUGACGCCAUGACCGCGGCAAACGAGACGGCUAACGAGAUCAUCUCGGCCGUUCGGACGGUGCGGAGCUUCAACGGUGAGAAACACGAGGCCCGUCGCUAUGACGAGCGGCUGAUGGACACGCACAGGAUCAAGAGCCGGCGGGACACCGUCAGGUUAAUCUCCCUGUUGGCGCAACGGCUGACAGGCUUGGCCGUUCAUGUGCUGAUGCUGUGGUACGGCAGGCUGUUCAUCCAAAGGGGCCAGAUGACCACCGGGAACCUGGUCUCCUUCAUCCUCUACCAGUCAGACAUCGGACACAACAUCCGGACACUGACCUACGUGAGCGCCAACAUGUUGAACUCGGUGGGUGCCGCCGGGAAAGUCUUUGAGGUUCUGGAUCGACGGCCUCGGAUCAGGACGGAUGGGAAACUCGCACCCGAGUCGCUUGCCGGACACGUCAUCUUCCGCCAUCUCAACUUCGCCUACCCGGCACACCCCGACGUAGCGGUGCUGCAGGACUUCUCUUUGGAGCUGCCGGCGGGUCAGACGACGGCGCUGGUCGGUGCGUCCGGAGAGGGAAAGAGCACCUGCGCCGCUCUGCUGAAACGCUUGUACGAGCCGCAGGACGGAGAGAUCCUGCUGGACCGCGCCGAGCUGGGAUCGUACGACGGCCGCUAUCUCAGCGAGAAGAUUGCGGUGGUCAGCCAAGAGCCGGUCCUCUUCCGCGGUUCGGUCAGACACAAUAUCGCUUACGGCUUGGAGGACUGCUCCCUGGACGCCGUCCAGGAAGCGGCGCGGCAGGCCAACGCUCACGACUUCAUCUCACGGCUGGAGAAGGGCUACGACACGGAGGUCGGUGAGGGCGGCGGCCUGCUGUCCAAGAGCGAGCGGCAACGCGUGGCCAUCGCCCGAGCGCUGGUCAGACGGCCGCGGGUCGUCAUCCUGGACGAAGUCACCAGCUCCCUGGAUGAGCCCAGCGAACGCGAGGUCCUGCAGGGUCUGUUGAGGAAUCCUGAGCGAAGCGUGCUGCUGAUCACUCACAGACUGAAGAGGCCCGAGACGAUGGACCAGAUCGCGGUGAUCGGCGACGGUGGCAUUCGGGAGCGAGGAACCCACCGCCAGCUGAUGGACCAGAAGGGAAUCUACUAUAAAAUGGCAGGGGGGGGACGGGAUGAUCAGAAGCAAACCUAACCUUCCUGCAGUCCUACCAGAAACCUGCUGGCAUGUUUAUGUUGAGAGCGUCUGAUUGAUUAUUUUUCCCGCUGAACUAAGCGGAGACAAAUUGGUUUUCGAAAGGACGACCAACGUUCAACAGUAAACUGAACUCUUCAAGGGCAGUGAUGUUUUUACAGAGUGUACCACUAGAGGGCGUCUGCGUAACUCUAUUGAUGCAUGUACCAAACAGACUGACUGGUUUCGAGAUUAAAAUCUUUUAAAUGGCCA